AUGCAAGCAGCAGCUGCUCUCUCUCUUUCCAUUCCCAACGUCUCCCACACUUCAACUAUCUCACCAAUCCCUUCAGUCUCCAAACCCACUUCAAACCUCCUCCAAGCAAUCCCAGAUCUCAAUUCUCUCAAACAGAUCCAUGCCCACAUCGUCAAAUCCCAAUCCCAGCCGUCCAUCCAAACCUCCAUUGCUCUCAUCACCCUCUAUUCCCUCUUCAACCAGAUGGACUCUGCCAAUCUCGCCUUCCAAACAAUCAUUCACACCACAAACACCCCGACCUUCUCCUACAACAUGAUGAUCAGGGGCUUCUCCACAUACGGGCCCCACCUUAAAUCCUUAGAGCUGUACUCUCAGAUGCUCCAUUCCGAUAUCCCACCUGACAAAUUCACCUACCCGUUUGUCCUCAAGGCCUGCACCACCAUCUCGGCCGUUCAUGUAGCUCGCGAGGCCCAUGGGCGGGUCAUCCGAUCCGGGCUCACAUCGGAUGUCUACAUCUUGACCGCAUUGGUUGAUUUGUAUUCAAAGCUGGGAGCAGUCUAUGAUGCCCGCCGGGUGUUUGAUGAUAUGCCUCUGAAGAAUGUGGUUUCUUGGAACGCGAUGAUCGCGGGGUAUGGUUAUAAUGGAUUGGAUGAGGAGGCAGUGAGGGCUUUUGGGGCGAUGCUGGAGUCAGGUCUGGAGCCAAAUUCGUCAACGGUUGUUGCUGUCCUUCCGGCAGUCACGCGGCUCGGUGCAUUGGAGGAAGGGAAGUUCAUACAUGAGUGGAUUCUUAGGAAGGGUGUGGAGAUGAAUGAAUUGGUUAGGAAUAGUUUGAUUGCUAUGUAUGGUAAAUGUGGCGAAUUGGGGCAUGCGCAGAGACUCUUUGAUGAAAUGCCUGAGAGAACUGAUGCUUCUUGGAAUGCAAUUAUCUCAGCCUAUGUACAAAAUGGCCUUAUUACAGAGGCUCUAGAGCUCUUCUAUUAUAUGCAGAUUUCGGGAGUUAGGCCUACUGCUAUCACAGUUGCUAGUGUUUUACCAGCUUGUGCUGAUCUUGUAGAUCGCAAACUGGGGAAGAGGAUUCAUGGGUAUAGUGUUAGAAAUGGAUUCGAAUCUGACUUGGUUGUGAGUACUGCCCUUAUAGAUAUGUAUGCAAAAUGUGGUUGCAUAGAGGAGGCAAGACGGAUUUUUGAUGGGAUGCCUGAGAGAAACACUGUCUCUUGGAAUGCGAUGAUUAGUGGAUACGGAUUGCACGGUCAUGGUGAUGAUGCAUUAGAACUAUUCUUAAGUAUGCAACGAGAAGGGAUCGAACCCAAUAAGAGUACAUUCGUAUCAAUAAUCAAUGCAUGCAGCCACUCUGGCAUGGUGACAGAAGGAUUGAAAUGUUUCGAGUCAAUGAGCAAUAACUAUAACAUUGUCCCAGAGACGAAGCACUACGCAUGUGUGGUUGAUCUACUAGGACGCGCAGGACGUCUGAAAGAAGCCUACGAGUACAUAGAGCAAAUACCGUUAGAGGUCGAUGAUGUAGUGUGGGGCGCCUUGCUCGGGGCAUGUAGAAUUUACAAAGACAUGGAGCUCGGGGGGAUAGCUGCAAAAAGGGCAAUUGAGCUAAAUCCAGCAGAACCUGGCUACUAUGUCCUCCUCGCGAACAUCUAUGCGGCCAAGGGAAGAUGGGGUGAUGCACAGAAGCUAAGGGAGGUGAUGGUGGAGAGGAAGUUGAAGAAGGAAGUGGGCUGCAGCUCAAUCGAGCAAGGCGGGACAGUCCAUUCAUUCGUCGCGGGUGAUUUCAGACACCCAGAGUGGGGGAAGAUACACGAGAAGAUGAGGGAGGUUGGGGAGAGGUUGAAGGAAGAAGGGUAUGUGCCAGACACAAGCUUUGUGUUGCAUCAAGUGGAAGAAGGGGUAAAGGAUGAGAGGCUUUCCUUGCAUAGUGAGAGAAUUGCAUUGGCUUUUGGGCUUUUGAAGAUAGGUGAUGGAAUGCCCAUUAGGAUUACAAAGAACUUGAGAGUGUGUGGGGAUUGCCACACUACCUUUAAGUUGGUGUCUAGAAUAUAUGGAAGGGAGAUUGUUGUGAGGGAUUCAAACAGAUUCCACAGGUUUGAAGGAGGUUUAUGUUCAUGCAAAGAUUAUUGGUGA